ACUCUGCAGAAUGACUUUGAGCCAGGCUUCAUGGCUGGUGGAGACUUUGUGAUUGGAGGGAUUUUCCCUCUGCACUACAAUCAGGAAAUGCCGGACCUGAACUGCACUUACAAGCCAGGACAAGUGCAGUGCAAUGGUUUUGACCCCAGAGCUUUCCGCUGGGCUCUGACUAUGAAGCUUGCUGUAGAGGAGAUUAAUAACAGUACUGAGCUUUUACCCAAUCAUACUCUGGGAUAUAAGAUAUUCGACUCCUGUGCGUACCCUCUAACAGGACAGAGAGCAGCUCUAGCUGUUAUGAAUGGGCCAAAUGAAGCAGAUAGGCCCAUGUGUUCUGGUGCAAGCCCAAUGCUGGCCAUCAUCGGUGAAUCUGGAUCCGCUCAGUCUAUAGUGGUUUCUAGAAUUUUGCAGCAUUUCAGAAUUCCAAUGAUCAGCUACUUCUCAUCCUGCGCCUGUCUCAGCAACAGACAAGAGUUCCCCACAUUCUUCAGAGUCAUCCCCAGUGAUGCCUACCAAGUGAAAGCCAUCGCCAAAUUGCUGCUACACUUCAACUGGACUUGGGUAGGGGUGGUGCGAGGGGACCACGAGUAUGGACGGUCAGCCCUCCAGGGCCUACUAAAGGAGUUGGAGGGUACAGGUGUGUGCGUGGCCUAUCAGGAAAUGAUCCCACUGCUGUAUAACAGCCAGAGGGCAGUAGAGAUCUUUCGGGUGAUGAACAGCUCCAGUGCUCGAGUAGUAGUGGUGUUCUCAGCUGAGGGAGAGCUCACACCCUUUCUGAGAGACUACAUGGAGCUGAAUGUCACUGGGAUCCAAUGGAUUGCCAGCGAGGCCUGGGUAACAGCUGCAGUGUUCACCGGAAGCAAGUACUACCCCUUCCUUGGUGGCACUAUUGGGUUUGGUAUACGGCAGGGCUACAUCCCACAGUUGAGGGAAUAUCUGACAACGGUAAACCCACAAAGGUACCCCACCAAUCCCCUAGUGCAGGAACUGUGGGGGGCUCUUUAUGGCUGCUCUCCCUUCUCAAGCGAUGGCGCUCAGCUGCCCCUAUGCACAGGGCACGAGACCAUCAGCAAGCAGCACUCUGCCUACAUGAACACCUCCAGCCCUCGCAUUGCUUACAAUGUCUACAAAGGGGUAUAUGCUAUCGCUCACUCCCUCCACAACCUCAUUUCCUGCAAUCCUGGAAAUGGCCCAUUCAUUAACUCCACUUGUGCACACGUCACCAAAGUCUUCCCAUGGCAGCUCCAGCAUUACCUUCAAGAGGUCUCCUUUACUAUCUCAGGAGAGAUGGUGAACUUUGACACAAAAGGUGACUCUAUCCCAUCCUACGACCUGAUCAACUGGCAGAAGGGCACAGAAGGCAAUAUUGAGCUGGUAAAAGUGGGCAUGUUUGAUGGAGCUCGAGAGCCUGGGAAGGAGCUGGUCAUUUAUGAGAUGGCUAUCACAUGGUCUGGAGACCAGACAGAGGUGCCAGUAUCUGUUUGCAGUUUCAGCUGUGCUCCGGGAUUCAGGAAGGCUGUCCGUCGUGGGGAGCCUCUGUGCUGCUUUGAUUGUGUACCAUGUGACAGUGGCAAGAUUAGUAAUCAGACAGAUUCAAUAGACUGCAUUCCUUGUUCUGAAGAUUACUGGUCCAACAUUGAUGGAACAGCAUGUAUCCCCAAGGUUGUUGAGUUCCUUUCUCAUGACGCAAUGGGAGUGACGCUGACAGUGAUUUCUGUGGCAGGGGCCUGCGUCACUUUAGCUGUAUUUGCAGUUUUCCUCUAUCACAGAAACACUCCCAUAGUGCGAAUCAAUAACUCAGAGCUGAGUUUCUUCAUUCUAAUCUCCUUGACGCUGUGCUUCCUGUGUGCGCUGAUCUUUAUUGGAGAGCCCACGUCCUGGUCAUGCAUGCUGCGCCACACUGCUUUCAGCAUUACCUUCUCUCUCUGCAUCUCCUGCAUCUUGGGCAAAACGUUAGUGGUUCUGGCAGCUUUCACAGCCACCCGGCCUGGAAACAAUGUGAUGAAGUGGCUCGGGCCUACGCAGCAGAGGAUCAUCAUCUUCAGCUGCACUCUGGUCCAGAUGAUCAUCUGUGCUGCGUGGCUCAUAGCCUCCCCUCCAUUCCCCUACAGAAACACGCAGUAUCAGCACUCCAAGAUCAUUCUGGACUGCAGUGUGGGCUCUGCCCUGGCCUUCUGGUGUGUGCUGGGCUACAUUGGUUUUUUGGCUGGCCUGUGCUUCAUUUUGGCCUUCCUGGCUCGCAAACUGCCGGGAAAUUUUAACGAGGCUAAAUAUAUCACCUUCAGCAUGUUGAUAUUUUGUGCAGUGUGGUUGGCCUUUGUGCCUGCCUACGUCAGCUCACCUGGUAAAUUUACCACUGCUGUUGAAAUAUUUGCUAUUUUAGCUUCUAGCUUCGGCCUCCUUUCGUGCUUGUUUGCUCCAAAAUGUUAUAUUAUUCUACUCAAACCAGAGAAGAACUCCAAACAGCAUCUAAUGGGGAAAGAAAAAGUACUGAAAGACAGUGAGCACACUAUGCAGCUGACGUCAAGUCUAAUGAUGUUUGUAUCAAUGCUGUGGACACCUGGGCUCAGUCCAGCAUGUAGAGCUGAUCCUGUCAGCUGCAGGCUUUGGGUUCAGCCUCAGUUGCCUGGUCUUUCUAUGAAUGGAGAUUUUGUGAUUGGGGGGAUUUUCUCCAUUCAUUACUACAUGAGAUCAGAGCAGAACAGCUACACCAGACAGCCACUCCAGCCUCAGUGCUCUGGGAGUAUGGAUUACAGGGAGCUGCGCUUCGCUCGUGCCAUGGAGUUCACCAUCCACGAGAUCAACAACAGAACAGAUCUCCUGCCGGGAAUCACGUUAGGAUACCAGAUACACGACUCGUGCUCUGCAGUGCCGAUGGCUGUUAAAGUUGCAUUUCAAUUUGCAAACGGGAUGGAACCAUUUUACAAUGAUACUGAUUCCUGUUCAAAAUCAGCAGCUGCAGCUGUUCCUGCUCUCGUGGGAGAGUCUGCUUCAACCCCCUCUAUCAGCAUGGCCAGAAUACUGGGACUCCUUGGAAUUCCACAGGUAAGCAAUUACGCAACCUGCGCAUGUCUGAGCGAUAAGCGUCAGUAUCCUACUUUCUUCAGGACCGUGCCAAGUGACCACCACCAAGCGGCCGCACUAGCAAGGAUGGUCAGACACUUUGGCUGGACAUGGAUUGGGGCAGUGCGCAGCGACUCAGACUAUGGAAAUAAUGGAAUGGCGUCGUUUCUAAAGGCUGCGCAGGAGGAGGGAAUCUGUGUGGAGUACUCCGAGUCCUACUACAGAACACAACCGCGCAGUAAACUGGAGAGAGUGGCGAACGUCAUCCGGAGAUCAACAGCCCGGGUAAUAGUAGCGUUUGUUGCUUCAGGAGAUAUGAGGUUUCUGUUGGAGGAGCUGGCGAGACAGCCUCCGCCUCCCCUUCAGUGGAUCGGCAGCGAAACGUGGAUUAUAGAACCAGAGUUUCUGCGCUUUAACAUGUGCGCUGGGGCGAUAGGAUUUGGGGUUCCCCGCUCGGUGAUUCCAGGUCUUCGUGAGUUUCUUCUGGAUCUCUCUCCAACACAAGCACUGAAAUCUCCUCUGCUAACGGAGUUUUGGGAGAGCUCGUUCAGCUGUAGCCUAAAAGGCUCCUCAGAAGGCGCGCGGGAAUGUGAUGGUAGUGAGGAUAUCCGCGCGCUGCAGAACCCGUAUACAGACACGUCGCAGCUGCGCAUCACUAACAUGGUGUAUAAAGCUACGUAUGCCAUAGCGCAUGCCAUCCAUGGUGUUAUCUGUAAUGACACGCAGUGCGACAAGAGCGCUAAAUUCACACCAUGGCAGAUACUCGACCAGCUCAAGAGAGUGAGCUUCACUACAAAGAAUGGUUUUCAGGUCUCGUUUGACUCCAAAGGAGACCCUGUGGCCGUCUACGAGCUCAUAAACUGGCAGGUUAAGAAAGGUGGCACAAUAGAUUUCAUCGCUGUGGGUCACUACGACUCAUCCAGACCAAGAGGCCAGGAGUUCAGUAUGAGCAGAAGUGUCAGCUGGAUGGGGGGACAGACUGAGGUGCCAAGAUCUGUGUGCAGUGAGAGCUGUCCUCCAGGGACCAGGAAGGCUGUGCAGAAAGGAAAGCCAGUCUGCUGCUAUGACUGUAUACCAUGUGCAGAAGGAGAGAUCAGCAACAAGACAGACUCUCUAAAUUGUGUGCGCUGCCCUCCUGAGUUCUGGCCCAACACCCAGCGAGACAGCUGCCUCCCCAAGCCUGUGGAGUUCCUGUCCUGGGACGACACUCUGAGCAUCAUCCUGACAGUGUUCUCCAUCACUGGGGCAUUCAUAGCUGUAUGUGUGGCUGCUGUUUUCUACAAACACAGAACCUCUCCAAUUGUCCGAGCAAACAACUCAGAGCUGAGCUUCCUGCUGCUCUUCUCACUGACUCUGUGUUUCCUUUGUUCACUUACUUUCAUUGGUCAGCCCUCUGAGUGGUCCUGUAUGCUGCGCCACACAGCGUUUGGGAUCACCUUCGUCCUCUGCAUCUCCUGUGUUCUGGGAAAAACAAUAGUGGUGUUAAUGGCCUUCAGAGCUACACUUCCAGGCAGUAAUGCCAUGAAAUGGUUUGGGCCUCCACAGCAGAGACUCAGUGUUCUCACCUUCACUCUCAUACAGGUCCUAAUUUGUGUUCUUUGGUUGACAAUAUCUCCUCCUCUCCCCUUCAAAAAUCUAGAACAAUACAAGGAAAGGAUAAUCCUGGAAUGUGGAUUAGGUUCAGCUAUAGGAUUCUGGGCUGUGCUGGGUUAUAUAGGAUUUCUGGCUCUUUUGUGUUUUAUUUUAGCUUUUCUAGCACGGAAGCUGCCUGAUAACUUUAAUGAAGCCAAGUUCAUCACAUUCAGCAUGCUCAUAUUCUGUGCAGUAUGGAUCACCUUUAUCCCAGCUUAUGUCAGCUCUCCUGGAAAGUUCACUGUAGCUGUAGAGAUAUUUGCUAUUUUAGCAUCAAGCUUUGGCUUAAUCAUUUGUAUUUUUGCUCCCAAGUGUUUCAUAAUUGUUUUUAGGCCACAGCAGAAUACCAAGAAACACAUCAUGGGCAAGGUACCCUCCAAGGCUCUUUGAGGCCCUCAAACAAAUUACUAUGUCAAUGAAAAACUCAGAUGAACUCUAGUGAUGUAAAUUUCUUUUUUCAAAAUUCACUCCCAUACC